GAGUGUUCUUGAGAAUCCUGGUUCAUAUCCCAGUCAACGGACAGCGAGCGGAAGCAGGAGACGGAUCCGUCGCAAGCCAGCACCGACGACUCCGCCGCCACGGCCAACGGCGUUGUGCUUGCUCGACGUCGACGGGACGCCGCCCCCAUCGUUCCCCGUGAGCGCCAGCGCGGGGCAGCACAAGGGCAGAAAUCUAUCUGGCUGUUCGCAUGUGCUGGAAAGGUUGCUGGUGUAAUUCGCUGAAAGCAGCGGCUCAAUUUCACGGGGCUAUGAUGUUGAAAUUUCCCGAGAAGUUCUUACCCCUUUCCCGCCUAUGUUUCUUCGCUUGUUCAAAACGCCAAGAAGCCAUGAAAGCCUCAUCAUCCCUGGAACACGGAAUCCAUUCACCCAGUAUUCUGAGAGCGGUUGCUACCGAGUAGUGUAAAAUCACUGAUGUCUGUGCAAUCUUUUCCUGAUCUGGCGAUGAACUGUGGCUGGCUGCUACCCUGUGUCCUUGCGCUAACUCUGCUAUUUCAGAAAUUAAAUUAGUUUUCCUUACUGUGAUUUCUGUUCAAGUGUAUUGUGUAAUAGGUUAUGCAACAGGUACAUGGAGUAUGACAUGCUGGAGCAUAUACUUGAAGGAAAAGAGAAACCAACGAAUCUACCUUUUGCACUUCUGAAGAAAAUCACAGAUGAUUUCUCCCAAGAGCGAGAAAUUGGCCAGGGUGGAUUCGGAACCGUCUAUAAGGGUGUCCUACGAAAUGGAAAUGUUGCUGUGAAGCGGAUCAUGAGCAACUACACAAUCGAUGAGAAGCUAUUUUAUCGUGAGGUUAACAGUCUUUUGAAGGUUAACCAUAAAAAUGUAGUCCGGUUUCUUGGCUUCUGCGCUAAUACUGAGCAGGUAGCGAUAAAAAUUGAAGGUAAAAGAGAAUAUAUUUAUGCUGAAAUAAGAGAAAGAUUGCUCUGUUUCGAGUAUAUCAGCAAUGGAAACCUACAAAAUUAUAUUACUGACGAAUUAAGAGGACUUGAAUGGAAUGUACGUUUUCAGAUCAUCAAAGAUAUUUGUGAGGGUUUGUAUCAUCUGCACAUGGAAAACCAUAUUAUUCAUAUGGAUCUUAAGCCUGCCAAUAUACUGCUAGAUCAUCAUAUGGUCCCAAAAGUGACGGACUUUGGUCUAUCAAGACUUGAUGAGAACUCACAAACCAUGUGUGCGAACCGUUUUUUAUCACUUGGAUAUUGUGCUCCGGAAUAUCUACAUGGUGGCAGGAUGUCUGUCAAAUCAGACAUAUACAGUUUGGGUGUAAUAAUCAUCGAACUGGUAACGGGACAUAAGAGUAUCCUUGAUAAUAAUAAUAGUGUACUCAGAAGAUGGAGGCACAGGUGGAAAAAAUCAGGGAAGGAAACACCAUUAGGUUACCGACAAGUAACUAAAUGCAUCGAAAUAGGGAUGCGCUGCCAGGAAAACGACCCCUACAGGCGACCUUUUAUUGGCGAUAUAUUAUGUGAUUUCAUAGACAUGGAAGGUACAAAUGGGCAAUUCAGCAGUGACAAUGGGUCCACAAUUGAUGAGAUAAGCCCUUACUUGGAGGAUGAUAUGCUUGGAAUUGAGCCGCUCGAACUACAUUUUCCUUUUGACCUGAACAAGCAGAUGUCAUGCUCAAUACAGCUAACCAAUGAGACAGAUGGUUGCAUAGCCUUCAACAUCCAAACAACGUCCCCCUUGCCAUAUUGCGCACAUCCAACCAAAGACAUUGUGCCACCGAGAUCCAAGUGUAGUAUCGACAUAACAUUGCAACUACAGAAGAACGCACCACGACAUGCCGGCGGGUUAAUUGUGCGGAGCACUAAAGUAAGUGAUGGUCUUGCAGCUCGGGAUAUAACUACUGACAUGUUCAAUAAAGAGGCAGGCAACUUGGUUGAUGAGGUGAGUUUGGAUGUUGUUUUUGACGGAGAGCUACAAGCCCCAUGCUCGUCUGAAGUAUGCUUAUCUGAAGUACCAAAGCAUUCAUCACUUGCACCAGUAGCAGUUUUGGGUAUGGAUGAUCCGAGCAAUCCAGAGGCAUCUAAUGUUCCACAGUCAUCUGCACAUGCGGGGUCAGAAGGGACAGACUCUGAGGUAAUCCCUGCAGGCUCCAACAAACUUCUUGACAUCCACCCACCCGAGCUUUGGUUCACGUUUGAACCCAACAAGUUGAUCCCCUGCUCACUGCACCUAACAAACAACACAAAUGAAUAUGUGCCGUUUAAGCUUAUGGAGAAGAGUAGGCUCAUGGACAAAAGGAGGUGCUUUCUAAGUCUACCGCUCUAUGGCAUUGUCCCCCCGAGCUCCAUCUACAUUCUCGUUGUGACAACGGAUAAAAGGGAAAACCUGCCAGAAGAAAGAGAUGUCAAUUUUGUUCUUCAGAGCAGUAUAGGUGAUGAGGGCCUCAAGCCUUUCAGAAACCAAUAUGAUUGUGACGAAUAUUUUGAGAAAGCAGCAGAGUCGGGGCAUAUGGUGCAUGAUGUGACACUGAAAGUUGUUUAUGCACCCAAAAGGGAGACGGCAUGUGAGGCAAUUCCACCUUUACUUAAGAUCACAUUCGUGGAGAAAACCCAUGCAGCAUUGUGUUCCCUCGAUGCAAACCAGACAGAGCCAUGGAUUAUAACAGGUCAUUAUGAUGGACGUGUUGGUUUAUGGGACUAUGACACGCAGAAAUUUCUUGCUUUGGUUAAAGUCUCGGGAUCAUCAGGUUGUCUUGUUAAAUUUAUUGAACGGCGUCAAUGGUUUCUGGCCGGUUCAUAUCACGAAGGAUUUAUCCACGUGUACAGCUAUGAAACGGAAGUGCAGGAAGUCAAUAGUUUCCGUGCUCAUGAUAAAUUUCUUGAAUCGAUGGCCAUUCAUCCUACACAGCCUUAUGUGUUGUCAUCAUGUGAUACACAAAUAAAGCUUUGGGACUGGGACAUGGAUUGGGAGUGCAGAAGAACGUUUAUAGAACACUCCCAUACUGUAAAACAGAUUGCAUUUAACCCAUGGAACACCAACAGUUUUGCUAGUGCUUCAAGAGAUCACACAGUAAAGGUUUGGAGUCUUGAUUCUUCCAGAUCUAUGUGUACUCUUUCUGGGCAUUCGGACGAAGUGAACUGCCUAGAUUUUUUCAUGCGUGAUAAUCAGCAAUAUUUGAUUACGGGCUCUGAGGAUAUGACUGCCAAGAUAUGGGACCUGCAGAAAGAGAUGUGUAUUGAGACACUAAAAGGUUUCAUGUUUCCAGUUGUCUCUAUUGUUUCCCAUCCCAGACUUCCACUUGUAAUUAUAGGUACAAGAAACGGCAUCGUUCAUUUGUGGAGCUUGAGUAAUUUCAGGCUUGAGAGAAUUCUUCACAUUGGUUGUCAUCAAGGUGUCCGUGGUCUCGCCGCUUUGAUGGGGUCAACAAGGGUUAUCAUUGGACAUGGUUCAGCGGUAUCAAUGGUGGAGAUCCAUGAUGAAGAACCUGUUGAUAGCAAGGCCGAAAUGGAAGUCCAAUAUGAGCGGCAAGGACGAUCAUUUGGUAUGACCGACGCAUAUUAAAAAAAAAAUCCAAGACAUCCGUCGCCGGCGUUGCAUGCACUGUUACCUGCCGAUUAGGGCUAAGAUGAAGAGACAGAGUAAACCUUACGGCAGAAAAGAGGGUGAGGAAAGCAGUGAUUUGGGAGGGGAAAGGUUUGACAGAGAUAAACUUAGUUGUGAUAGGUUGAAUAAAAUGUAACGUAUAAACAAGACACACUAACAAUCAUCAAUAGAUAUUUUGUUGUCCUCACAA